AUGAGGGCCCCCGGCCUCCGAGCAUCUCUGCGCCCCCUCGCAAGUACACCUCUGUCCACGGGCAUCCAGAUCAGACAUCUACACAAGACGCGACCUCCGCACGCGAUACCCCAGCCCCGCCCUUUCGUCCCCGAUGUGUCUACCUUCCUUACGCUCAUCGGGCGCGGCCUAAACAAGCACGCGUCCAAAUUCCCGUCUUGGGACUCUCUCUUCUCUCUCACCUCUCCUGAACUUAAAGAGCUGGGGAUCGAACCACCGCGAAACAGACGAUAUCUCCUCCAAUGGAUGCAGCGAUACCGCAGAGGCGCCCUCGGUCCCGGCGGCGACUUCGAGUUCGUCAAGGACGGCGAGGCUGUCCUCAAGGUAGCCACGCCGCCAGCCUCGGUGGUCAGCGACGCGAAAUGGGUCGUCAACAUCCCACACAGGCAGGAGUCCGCGGGCGAGGCGCCGCCGUCAGAAUCGUCAACACUGCCCCGGCCGGCGGGCUACACAGUUCGCGGACUCAAGGCAAUCGCCGGCCCGUAUGCCACGCCGCUUCCCGAGGGGGCUGGUGCCGUGGUCAAAGUCACAGAGGGCAUGUGGGAGCAGCGCCGCGGAAGGAAGAUUGAUGGCGGUGAGCGUCGCAGAGCAGAGGUGCGGUUCAAGAGACGAUCUGUCGAACGACGGGCGGAGCGAGAGUCGGAGAUGAUGGCGAAAACAUAG